UGCCGUGGUGACGGAGCGGCCGUGCCCGGAAAUGGGCGGCCGCCGGGAAGCGUCCGAGGAGCGUCGGCGGCCGGCAGGAGCGGGCCCGGGAUGGCGGCCGGGGGCCCGGCGGGGGGCGCGCACAGCGUCUGCAUGGUGUCGGACUUCUUCUACCCCAACAUGGGGGGCGUGGAGAGCCACGUGUACCAGCUGUCGCAGUGCCUCAUCGAGCGGGGCCACAAGGUCCUGGUGGUCACCCACGCCUACGGCCGCCGCAAGGGCGUCCGCUACCUCACCAACGGGCUGAAGGUCUACUACUUGCCCCUGAAAGUAAUGUACAACCAGUCCACGGCCACGACGCUCUUCCACAGCCUGCCUCUGCUCAGGUACAUAUUUGUGCGGGAGAGGGUCACCAUCGUCCACGCCCACAGCUCCUUCUCCGCCAUGGCCCACGACGCCCUCUUCCACGCCAAGACCAUGGGGCUGCGGACGGUGUUCACGGACCACUCCCUCUUCGGGUUCGCGGAUGUCAGCUCGGUGCUGACCAACAAACUUCUGACGGUGUCCCUGUGCGAUACGAACCACAUCGUCUGCGUCUCCUACACGAGCAAGGAAAACACGGUGCUGCGGGCUGCGCUGGACCCUCGGAUAGUCUCCGUCAUCCCCAACGCUGUUGAUCCCACCGACUUCACUCCAGACCCGGCAAGGAGGGAUGACAGUACGAUAACAAUUGUUGUGGUCAGCAGGCUUGUUUACAGAAAAGGUAUAGAUUUGCUGAGUGGUAUAAUUCCUGAGCUCUGUCAGAAAUAUCCAGAGAUACAUUUCUUAGUUGGAGGAGAAGGACCAAAACGAAUCGUACUGGAAGAAGUCCGGGAAAGAUACCAGCUACAUGACAGGGUACGUCUCCUAGGAGCCUUGGAACACCAGGAUGUUAGAAACGUUCUAGUUCAGGGGCACAUUUUUCUCAACACUUCCCUCACGGAGGCCUUUUGUAUGGCAAUUGUGGAAGCUGCAAGCUGUGGUUUACAGGUGGUGAGUACAAGAGUUGGUGGGAUUCCUGAGGUGCUUCCAGAAAAUCUCAUUAUUUUAUGUGAACCCUCCGUGAAAUCUUUGUGUGGUGGAUUAGAAAAAGCGAUUGACCAGCUCAGAUCAGGAACACUACCAUCUCCAGAAACUGUUCAUAAUAAAGUAAAGACAUUUUAUACUUGGAGGAAUGUAGCAGAGAGAACUGAGAAAGUGUAUGACAGGGUUGCAGAUGAAGUGGUUUUACCAAUGGAUGAGCGACUUAACAGACUAAUGUCUCACUGCGGCCCAGUGACUGGGUAUAUCUUUGCUCUUUUUGCUGUUCUGAACUUCCUUUUCUUGGUGUUUCUGAGGUGGAUGACUCCAGAUUCCAUUAUUGAUGUUGCAAUAGAUGCCACAGGUCCUAAAGGUGCAUGGACUAAACAGUAUUUUUUGGAGAAAAAAGGAAAAGUUAAAGAAGAACUUCCAAGCUCCUAAAAUGCUCAAACGGGGAGGAAAGAACACAUCAGUCACUAAAGGUUUUAACGGUUGCUGAUAGAGACAUUACUCUUCAAAUUCUUCAGUUUCUUUCUGAAGUUCUUGGAAGGAAACUCGGUUAAAUGUGCUACCUCAAUUUAGGAUUAUGUUUUAAUUUAAUUUCGGAUUCAUGCAAAUUUAUGGACAUCUCUUUUGCACUUAAAGUUGGGAGGAGACCAUGGGUUUUUAUGUGUGUCAAGAGCCUUUGAGGAAAAAAAAUACAAGAUUUUUCCUGACAACUUGAAUAUUACAGACAGUGACUGUAAACUUUAGUGGUAUUUGGGAAAGAAAGACACAAAAAUUAUUAGUUUACCAUACUCCCUGCUAAUUCCUGAGAUUUAAUGUGAUUUUUAUUUUGAGACUUAUUUAAAAAUAUUAGGUUAAAAACCCAACAAAACAUACAUUUUCUCUCCUAAGAUGAAAAUUAUACUUGAAAUUAGUCUUGUUCAGAGACUUAGUUCUAGCAGUUGUGUCUCAGUGACAGUGUUUUGCCUGUAUAGAGUUACUAUUUUGAAGUUCUUCCCUAGUCCAGUUGGUUCAUCCGGUUGCUAAACCAAAACUCCAUAGUAAUUUUUUUAUAUUUUCAGAGGUGCUAUAUUUGUCCUGUUCACUUACAUGCAGGAAAGUGAUGUAAAGCUUAUGGCAUUUUUUUUUUAAAAUAAAUAGGUGAAGAAAUUAUAUUAUUUAGAGAUAAUACAGCCUUCAGAAACAGCUCAGGCCUGAAAACUCCUCCAGCAGACUAUGCCAAAGUGUGAAGUAACGUGUGUGUGCUUGAGAGAGAGAAAUCCAUGAAGGGUUUAACAAGCACCAUCAUGCUUGCUUGCUCUCUCUUCCCUCCCACCCCCCCCUUUUUUUUAACUACUUUUUUUUUUUUUUUUUUCCCCUUACUUAUCACUGAAAUGGCAUUUUAGUCCAUCUCUGGGAGGGACAAUGUUUAGUGAACUAAAUCAGAGAAGCUGUCAGGCAGGUUCUGCAAGUGAAAUCUUGGGAAGGUUUCUGUUAAAUGGAAAUAACCAAUAGGUUUUAUUUUCAAGCAGAGAAAAAAAGUAUACCUUGGACAAUAGGUGAUACAACAUACCAAUGUGUGAGAGGGGGCAUUUAUCUCAUUUAUGUCAACCACCUCUAAAACCCUCUCCUGUCUAGUGCACUGGGUUGAUUUCUUUUCCAAGCAUCACUGAAGACUAAAAAUCUUACAAUUUUAUGACUGAGUAUUAUGUAAUGUUGGAUACUGUAUUAACAUUAAAACUCUGCAAUAUGAAAGUACUGUUUCGAAACCCUUGAAGGGCAGUAUUUAAAACACAACUUCUGUCAAUAUCAUCUUGUUUCUGUAGAGAUAUAAUUACCUUAGCAUCUGACAUUUUAUAAUUUCAUUGAAAAUAUUUUCACGAAACACAGAAAAGUAAUGUGAAAUACGUACCAUAUACAAAGUCUGUUUACUUUUACUAGAAUUUUUAGCUUUUGAUAUGUAACAUACGUUAUGAAUUGUAUUCCAAUUUGAAUUUUUUAAACUCUGCAUUAAAAGUGGAGGUCAGCUAAAAUGGUGCCACACAGACUGUGGAUAAAUUAGUGAAUUUAAGGUAGUAUUCUACUUUUCAAAGUUACUUACUCUUUUUUUUUUUUUUUUUUUUUUUUUCCCAAGCACUCAAGUCCAUAACAGCUUU